AACUUGACGCCAGUAAGAGCCAAUAGAAGAAGAACAGAUAACUCUCUGAGUGGGAAACUCAAACUCUUCAGACUCAAUGGCGUCUUUGGCUCAGCAAUUCACCGGGCUGAGAUGCUCUCCGCUCUCCUCCUCUCCCAGGCUAUCGAGGAGAGCAGCCAAGAACUUCCCGCAGAACAAAUCCUCCACCUCCGUUUCUCCGACGAUCGUCGCGGCGGUCGCGAUGUCCAGCGGCCAGACGAGAGAGAGGCUGGAGCUUAAGAAGAUGUUCGAAGACGCUUACGAGCGUUGCAGAACUGCUCCCAUGGAAGGCGUCGCUUUCACCGUCGACGAUUUCGCAGCCGCCAUCGAACAAUACGACUUCAAUUCCGAAAUCGGCACUAGGGUGAAAGGAACGGUGUUCAAGACCGAUGCAAACGGUGCAUUAGUCGACAUCUCUGCAAAAUCGUCGGCUUACUUGUCGGUUGAGCAGGCUUGCAUUCACAGAAUCAAGCAUGUGGAGGAAGCUGGUAUAGUUCCUGGUAUGGUGGAGGAGUUUGUCAUCAUUGGUGAGAACGAGAGUGAUGACAGUUUGCUAUUGAGCUUGAGGAUGAUCCAGUACGAACUCGCUUGGGAACGGUGUAGGCAGCUUCAGGCUGAGGAUGUUGUCGUUAAAGCUAAGGUUAUUGGGGCUAACAAAGGUGGUUUAGUGGCUAUGGUGGAGGGUCUUCGUGGAUUUGUGCCAUUUUCGCAGAUAUCAUCGAAAGCACCAGCUGAAGAGCUACUUGAGAAAGAGAUACCUCUCAAGUUUGUGGAGGUUGAUGAGGAACAGACAAAGCUUGUCCUCAGUAACCGUAAAGCUGUAGCAGAUAGCCAGGCUCAGCUUGGAAUUGGAUCUGUGGUCCUCGGAGUUGUUCAGAGCUUGAAACCUUAUGGUGCAUUCAUUGACAUUGGUGGAAUCAAUGGGCUUCUCCAUGUCAGUCAGAUCAGUCAUGACCGUGUCUCGGAUAUCGCUACUGUUCUUCAGCCCGGUGACACUCUUAAGGUUAUGAUACUGAGCCAUGACCGUGAUAGAGGAAGAGUAAGUCUCUCCACAAAGAAGCUGGAGCCAACACCUGGUGAUAUGAUUCGCAACCCAAAACUUGUUUUCGAGAAGGCUGAGGAGAUGGCUCAGACGUUCAGACAGAGAAUCGCCCAAGCAGAAGCUAUGGCCCGUGCAGACAUGCUUCGCUUCCAACCUGAGAGUGGACUGACGCUGAGUUCUGAAGGGAUACUAGGACCACUCGGAUCCGACUUGCCAGAUGAUGGAGUUGAUCUCACCGUCGGUGACAUUCCUCCUGCCGUUGAUCUUUAGAUUCAAAACCUUUUCUUUUCUUGCGUUUACUUUUCAUAGACAACACAUCCUCGAGCUUAAUGUAAAAUGUAACAACUCAUGUGUAUGUUUCAUUUGAUUGCAAUGUCCAAAAGUUCAUCAAGAAAGCUUAACUCGA